AUGCUGUCGCCGUCGCUGUUCGGGGUGUCGGUCGUGGUGGUCGUGGUGGUGGUGUGGGGCAGUGCGGUGUGCGUGGGCCAGAGCCCCGACGAUUACCAGGUCCCAAAUGUGAACACAAAAAUGGAUGCAGUGAAGGAUGACAUCUACUCCUUCUUCCGUCCCAUCAACAGCAUACACUCUGGUGCAUUUCGGCCCACCAUCGACGGGACGCCAGUCGUCUACAACGGCUUCAGAGACCACAGCGUCAAGGCAUGGUUCUCAUGGUUUGGAGACGAGCUGCGUGCGUUUGUCGAAGUUCAAGACGACGUCCACCUUGAGAACUUGAUGGUGCCGCGUUUGGGAGAUGUCUUACGGCUGAAGCUGUGUGGGGAAGGCGAGCCUUCCUGCCUUGAAAUCAUGGCCAUUCACCAAGAAGACGAAACCGUUCCACUCCACCCCUUGGCAAGCUUAUGUGCCACAGCUCGGAGUGUCACAACCACCACAUACGAGUGCAGUCUGGGACCGCUCACCGAGGCACAUCGCGAGAGCGGCUUGGUGCUGACAAUGACAGUCAUGGAUGUGGAUGACACGGACUAUGAGCUUGUAAACGACUUUGGCGACACUGAUCCUCCUCUCUCUAUUCCACGAACAAGAGUGUCCAACAUCAAGCUCCUCUUCCCAGAAUCCUGCGGCUCAGCGCCCAUUCCAGAGCAUGUCGAAGCAAACUGCGACGGGACCUCGUGUCGUGAAGUUUGCUCAGACAGCGAUCAGCUCUCCUACUUCUCACUGAACUGCUGGGGGAACGUGUGGAUGGGCGAGCUUGCGUGCUGGGAUGACACAGACAUCGGACCAUUGCUGUUGCUUUUGGAGGAUGAUCCCUUUGAUGUUGCGCAGCACGAGUGCGAGAUACGCGGCGGGACGCUGGCGUGGUUGGACAACUUUGACGAGUUCACAGUCGCUCGCGAGUACAUCGAGCUCCAUAACUCGCCCAUGCAAGUCGGCAUCGGAGGCGUGGAGGUUCCAGCAAAGACAGCUGCGUUUGGGCAAGAGCUGCGCUGUGAUACCCGCCGCAAAGACACAGUUUCGCUGAGCUGUCCACAGGGCAAAAGUGUGGCUGCUAUUGCGGACGUGUUUAUUGGGAAGCAGCAAUGCGAUCGCUCGAGCCGGCGCGCUCGGGAUGGCUGCAUCGACGUCAACGACGCCAUUGCCAAGGUGUGGGUGUCCACCGUCGGCAAGACAGCGGCUGACUAUUUGACAUCAUCGCUUUCGGCCUGUGGCGACCACGUGGACGUGAGCGUGGACUACUACUGCGGCAGUGCCGUCGAUCCAGCGCUGCGAGAGUUUGUGUGGCCAGACGGGCAAGCUGCCAAUGUGUACGAGUGGUUCUGGCAGCCCUACCCAGAUCAUAAAGAGCCCAACAACUACGAAUUCCGUCGCAAGGAACCCGUCACCGGACAAGAGGACUGUCUGAGCCUGCAGCUGCGCGAGGGCGAGUACAUUAUGAACGACACGCCGUGCUCUGAAAACUUUGACGGGUUUUGGUUUAAUCGACCAAGCGAGCGCACGUCACUGUAUCUUUGCCGGCGUGAGCUUCCGACACAACCCGCAUCGUAUCCACCGCUUCCAGUCACCACCACGACCACCACAACCACAACAACCACAACAACUACCACAACCACGACAACGACAACAACCACGACAUCUACAACCACCACAACAACGACCACGACCACAACAGAGAAGCACAAGCGUGUCACAUCCACUCAAGUCCUCUCAUACCAACCGUCUCCCUCUCCAUCUUCUUCUCUGAGCCAACCAACUACCACCACCACCACCACCACCACGCCGACGACAACAACAACGACGCCUGUUUUGGUCACGAAUCCCACGGCGUCCACGGUGGCUACGAUCCCCUCAGAAUCAACAACAACAGGAACCAUCAAGGCUGUAACAACGCUUCCAUCCGUCACAUCAACGACAGCCACGACGACCACGACAACCACUGUGCCACCCGCCGCCACCUCAUCAUCAUCAUUGUCAUCAUCAUCAUCAUCACUAUCAACAUCACAAGGGCAGUCAACACCGUCCACAGCAACAGCAACGGCCGUGGUCACAUCCACAGCAGCGACUACUGGGACAAUGGCAGCCGCCAGUACUGCGAGCACCACGACAACUGCAUCUGGUGGAUCGCCUGAAGGGUCAACGCAAACAGCAGCCUUGCAGCCCUGGGUGUUUGGUGCCAUUGCAGCAGGUGCAGCUGUUCUGCUGCUCGUCGCUGUUGUGUUUGCUGCAUCGUUUUACCGAAACAGAGGGCGCGUCGCAACACAGGUGGAGUCGUUGCCGCCAGCGUACGGCGUUGCGACGUUCAUGGUGGAGAAUGAACUGUAUGAGGGCGUGACGCCCGUGAGCAGAGGGCCUGGCGAUGGCCACGACACACCAACAGCACAUAUGACGCCCAAUGACUUGUACGGCGCACAUGAUGGGCAUUCACCAGCACAUGGCGACAUGCCAGAGACGACCGCAUAACAGACAUGUGUAUGCGUGCGUGUGUGUGUGUGUGUGAAAUGUGCACCAAGUUGGCAGCUCAUAUUUUGAGAUGGGCGCUGGCGGGUUGUUGAUAACUUUUUCAUCUUAUCCCCCCCUCUCUCUCUCUCUUUCCAUCCAUGUUCUUGCUCCAUGGGAGAACAACACGUGAAUUAGGCCGAGCGUUCCCUUCUUAGUUGUGACGUUUACUGACGCUUCGAAAGCGAAACUUGCGUGCAAACCUCACUCCAUUGCUUGACUGCCCC